AUGAUACUAAGAGCUUGCACAUUUCUUGGAUAUGUUACACUGGCCGUCAAUCGGUUCACAGCUAUUCAUUACCCUUUGAACUAUUGCAAUAUGUGGUCUAAGCAACGCUCAGCGAAAAUUUGUGUGUUUAACUGGGUUUUUUCUAUGUUUUGCAUCUUACCCGUGUCACUUAUUGGCAACGCCAAAGCAUACUAUUAUCUAUCACCUCUGCAGACUUACGAAAUUGCUUUUACAAGUGGAACGGGCAUGCUUUCGCUUUUCACCAAUAUUGCGAUCUUAUUUUUUACUACAAUGAUCUGCUUGCUGUUCUAUGUUCUAACGGGCUUCACUCUUCUCAAAGCAAAGCUCUCAAAGAGGAAUGUUGCACAUGUUGGCAGUGCCGAGUUGAGAUAUCUCGUAUAUGCUUUGGUCACAUUCAUACCUCUAUUAUUGGAGCUUGUCAGGAGUAUCGUAGAGUCGUACCCUGCGGUUGCAGACCUUCAUGGACGUAACGAAUUGGCCAACCAAUUAUGGUAG